AUGGUCUUGAUAAAACGGAUUUCAUCUGGAAGUAAGUCUUGUUAUAUUCUUCAGGCAAGUGAACAAACAUUUCUUCUGGAUUAUCCAUCGAGGAUCUAUGGAAUGCACUUUUCCUUUCCCUCCUUUAACAAGGGGCCAAAGCCCUUGAAGCUCAUUCUUCCGAAGUUUGUGGAUGACAUAGACCAUAUCUUGGUCUCCAGAUCAGACUCGUUGGGUGUGCUCUUCCUCGAAAAGGACAUCCCCAUCUAUAUUACAGAGCCUGUUUUUGAGCAGAUCCUGAUAAAAUAUCAAAAUCUUCUCAGACUUUCCAUCCACUACGAAGAUGAGGAGGAACACGGUAUUUCCAUAAGAGAUGCAAACAUCGAAAGAUUCAAGGGAAAUGCUAGGUUUAUUAAGUUCAAUGAAAAAUGCCAGUUCGAUGAUGUUCUGAUCACUCCAAAGCCGGCAGGAACAUUUAUUGGCUGGACAAACUAUCUGAUUGAGCUUAAUAAUAGAAGGACGAUAUACUAUCUUUCUUCUCUGGCCAACAAACUUAGGCUUUCUCAGGAGUCGGGAAGCAUCUCCUCAGACUACUUGAUCAUCAACACAGACAGGCCCCCUUCUUCCCAUAACAUCGAGGAGUUUUCUGACUACAUUGGUGAUCUGAGGUUUGAUGUUGCAAUCAUUCCUCUGGAGAUAACAACAAUCCUUACCGAGGUUCUACUUCAUACGUUAUUUGUGGUCCAAGAAAAAGGUGUAACUCCAAUAUACAUUGUGUCAUCAGAAUUCAAUCGCUUCCAUACAAUCAUCAGUAUUGAGAAUGAAUGGCUGAGUAAACCGUUCUCAUCAGUUAAGGAUCCCUUUCCAAUCAAAUCAUAUAGAAGCCUCCAUGUAGUGGACACAAUUGAUGAAAUAUCCGAGGUUGCCGGGCCUGCAAUAGUGUUUUGCGAUCCAUUAGAGUUUAGUCUUUACCAACAUCCGAUAUUUGAUGGUCAAAAGACUAUUUCUAUCAACGGUGUAGUGCCAUUGGCCGAUGCUCAUUACAAUCUCAAGCUGGAGCUAGACUUUGACGAGAUUUCAUCAAUUCACACAGGUACAAUAAUAUAUAAUCCAGACCCUGAUGAGUAUCUCUAUAUUGAAUCUGCAUCCAAUCAUCAUUAUCUUAUUGUAAAUGGCAGUGAUGUUCAGGUACAUAACAGUGAGAUAUAUCUGAAUGGCAAGCUAAAGUUUAGUGACAAGUAUGGCUUCCGUAAAAAAAUGACAUUUAAUCAAAAAAGGUGUAAGCUAAGCGAUUUAUUUACUAACGACACAUUUCUUUACAACGAGGGCUCAUACUACUUUCCACGCAAGGCUAUCAAAGUCACAAUAGAAAAUAAUAGAGCUAGGAUGGAAAGGAUCGACAGGCCGGACGAAGUUAAAGAACACCCUGAAUGA